CACGAUGUUAUCAUGAAACGCCCUUAUCAUAAAUCGGGCAACACGCCUGGUAAUGGUGACACAGUUCGCUUUAACCGCUAUGUCUUCUGUGAAGAGAUCGAGAAGCCAAUGUUCUUUACUGGGAAAAGUCGCUGAUGCAGAUGACCUACGACUUCAUUGAUCACGCCAUUGCAGUAUCGUCGGUUCCCCCACCCUUUGAAAUUCCUCGCCUUCAAUUUGUAGAUGCUGGCCUUGCACUUGCAUACACCCAAGCUCUGCCCGAGAACAAAAAUGUGUCUACAAGCUCAACUAGGGCGACAGGUGCAUACCUUCUUGAAGAGUGGAUUACCGAUGAUGGGGGGGAAUUCACGAAGUUCAUUCAUAAGGUCAGUUGUACUCCCCUCAUUGAUCCCGAUGAAGAAAGCUACGACAUCGCCGAGUUUCUGCGACCCAGAUUCCUAUUACUUACUAAUUCCCUUCGCAGCAAGGUGGGCAAAGGCCAAGAUCUUUUUGGCGAAGGGAAUAUAGAAAAGGGAGUGGAGCGGUUUGAAAAUGAUCAUGUGUGCAAUUCAUUCUGCAAGUUGCCUGCCUUCGGAUUGAAGCCGUUUGGGGGAGUUGAACCGAGCACUUCUACUGCCUAA